UAUUGUCAGUCAGCCAUCUGCCACGGCACUGUAAAGCUGCUGGACACUUUCGCUCAGUCUGCUUUUUUUUAAUGGAGAAUGUGAGCUGCAUUUUUGCGCAUGCCCAUUGAGCAUUGGAAGCCAUGUUGAAGUUUCAGUGGCUGGCUGUGCUUUUCUGACGCUGUAUGUUUUUAGGUUUGUUUUCUUCGAUUUUUAGUAUUGGUGACGUUCAACCAUACCAUUCGGAACCAUAAAUUGGAGUUCUAAAGAUGAAUUCCUGCGUCGACCUAUCCAGGCGCAAUCCGCAGGAGGAUUUCGAGCUAAUUCAGCGGAUAGGAAGCGGGACAUACGGAGAUGUCUACAAGGCCCGUAAUGUCAACACUGGGGAGUUGGCUGCCAUUAAAGUCAUUAAGCUGGAACCUGGUGAGGACUUUGAGGUGGUGCAGCAGGAGAUCAUCAUGAUGAAGGACUGCAAACACUCCAACAUCGUGGCCUACUUUGGUAGCUAUCUCCGGAGGGAUAAAUUAUGGAUCAGCAUGGAGUACUGCGGAGGAGGAUCUCUGCAGGAUAUUUAUCAUGUGACUGGGCCUCUGUCUGAGUCUCAGAUUGCGUAUAUGUCACGGGAAACCCUCCAGGGUUUGUACUAUCUCCACAACAAAGGCAAAAUGCACAGAGACAUUAAGGGAGCAAAUAUUCUAUUGACAGACAACGGCUAUGUGAAACUAGCUGACUUUGGUGUAUCAGCACAGAUCACUGCCACGCUGGCUAAGAGGAAGUCCUUCAUUGGAACACCAUACUGGAUGGCUCCAGAGGUGGCAGCCGUGGAGAGGAAGGGGGGCUACAACCAGCUGUGUGAUAUCUGGGCCGUGGGCAUCACAGCUAUCGAGCUUGCCGAGCUGCAGCCUCCCAUGUUCGACCUGCACCCUAUGAGGGCCCUUUUCUUGAUGACAAAGAGUAAUUUCCAGCCACCCAAAUUGAAAGACAAAGUGAAAUGGGGAAAUAAUUUCCAUCAUUUUGUCAAAUUGUCCCUGACGAAAAAUCCCAAGAAGAGGCCAACAGCAGAGAAACUAUUACAGCACCCGUUUGUGUCACAGCCUCUCAGUCGAACCCUGGCCAUCGAACUGCUGGACAAAUCCAACAACCCAGACCACACCACAUACAACGACUUUGACGAUGACGACCCAGAACCAGAGUCUCCAGUGUCUGUUCCCCAUCGGAUUCGCUCCACCAGCAGGAGCACCAGGGAAGGGAAGACGCUGUCUGAGAUCAACUUUGGCCAGGUGAAGUUUGACCCUCCGCUGAGGAAGGAGACAGAGCCCCAUCAUGAGCCGCCUGACUCUGACCCGUUUUUGGACUGUGCAGAAGAGCUGUACUACACUGCGAGAUCUAAUCUGGACCUUCAACUGGAGUAUGGACAGGAAUCUCCAAGCCUAAUGGGAGAAAACAAGAGUCUUCUCAAAUCAGUGGAGGAGGAGCUUAAGCAGAGGGGUCACAUGACACAUUUAGAGACCGAUGAUGAUGGUGGUGAUGAUGGUGAUGAAACUCAACACAAACACAGUACCAUCAUGAGGCCCAAAGUCCCACCCCCACUGCCCCCCAAGCCCAAGUCCAUCUGUCUGCCCCAGGAGAGCCCGUCCCAGGGAGAGGAUGAUGGAGGGGGGACCAUCAAGCGCUGCCCCGUACCCGAGAGCCCUGCCCGAACCUCCUCCUCAAACGUACCCCCACGCCCUCCACCCCCACGCCUUCCCCCACACAGACGCAGUAGCCUAGGUAACGAGAGCACACAGAGCCAGGCUGGUUCAGAGCCCGAGGGGAAUGAUGAUGGGAGCUUUAGGCAUUUCUGGGAGUGGCUUCACGCCCCGCACACAGAAGAGGAGUUGGAAGAGGUGUUGGAGGAGGAGGAUGAGAGUAAUGGAUUGAACUCUCACCAGAAUGGAGAGAAGGACAGUGCUACAGAGAGGCAGUCCACCAUGCCCCCUAGUGUCCCCAUACGGAAAGACAAGAAGGACAUUACGAAGCCUAUCAGUAAUGGCCUCCCACCCACACCCAAGGUCCAUAUGGGGGCCUGUUUCUCCAAGGUGUUCAACGGCUGCCCGUUGAAAAUCCACUGUGCCACGUCCUGGAUCAACCCAGACACCAGAGACCAAUAUUUGAUAUUUGGUGCCGAGGAGGGAAUCUACACUUUAAACCUGAACGAACUGCACGAGACGUCCAUGGAGCAGCUCUUUCCCCGCCGGUGCACUUGGCUUUACGUUAUGAACAACUGCCUGCUCUCUAUAUCUGGAAAAGCCUCUCAGCUCUACUCUCAUAACGUAGCUGGUCUGUUCGAGCAUGCCCGGCAAAUGCAGAAAUUACCCAUGGCCAUUCCCACACACAAACUCCCAGACAAGAUGAUUCCACGGAAAUUUGCCAUAUCCAAUAAGAUUCCAGACACAAAAGGGUGCCAAAAGUGCUGCGUAGUGAGGAAUCCCUACACGGGUCACAAGUACCUGUGUGGUGCGUUCCAGUCCAGUGUGGUUCUGCUGGAGUGGGUGGAGCCCAUGCAGAAGUUUAUGCUCAUCAAGAACAUCGACUUCCCCCUGCCCUGUCCCCUGGAGGUGUUUGAGAUGCUGGUGGUGCCGGAUCAGCAGUACCCGCUCAUCUGUGUGGCCGUCAGCAAGGGCAUCGAGCUCAGCCAAGUGGUCCGCUUCGGCACGGUCAACCCCAACUCAACCUCCUCCUGGUUCACAGAGGCUGAUACGCCCCAGACUUGUGUUAUCCACGUCACCCAGUUGGAGAGGGACACCAUCUUAGUUUGUCUGGACAGGUGUAUAAAGAUAGUGAACCUACAAGGAAGGUUGAAGUCCAGCAGGAAGUUGUCUGCUGAGCUGACGUUUAACUUCCAGAUCGAGGCGAUAGUGUGUCUCCAAGAUAGCGUUCUGGCAUUUUGGAGGCAUGGCAUGCAAGGGCGGAGUUUCAAAACCAAUGAGAUCACCCAGGAGAUCUCUGAUAACACGCGGAUCUUCAGCCUGCUUGGAUCUGACAGAAACUCUCAGCACGACAGUUCAGGGCAGGAGGGAGCCGCCAAUCUGCCCAGAGUGGUGGUGCUGGAAAGCAGGCCGACCGACAACCCCACAGCAGCCAGCAACCUCUACAUCCUGGCUGGACACGAGAACAGCUACUGAUCACACCACACAGCAUCUUGGUUACACAAGACACUACAGACAGACUACUGCUUUAGCUUCACAGGAGACUGAUCCUUCAAGGGUCCACUUCCAACUUGCCUCUUACUUCCUUUUAACACCUAUAUUUAUUGUGGCAUGUAACAAAGAACUGGAUGACUUCUAUAUGAUUUCAUUUUAGAAUUAAGUGUUGCCACCACUGCUAGCAUCUUAGCCCAUACCACACAAGUGCUUAAUUGACCUCUAUUUAAUUGUAAAUAUAAAUGUAGUAUUUUUUUUGCAGAAAGGGACCCUGGCUACUCCGGGGUUGUAAACUAAAGACUGGUCAUGUAGAUAGGUGUUCUGUACCGGUAUGGAGACUGUAAAGAUUUAAAAGGGUGGUUCAGGGGGUCAGUUUGAGCACUAAAAAUGACUUCUUGUUCUCUAAUCAUGUGACAAGGGACAGGAUUUGAUCCCCUCUGAGGUUUGGCUAAGUCUGAGCAGCAAGGAAGUACCACUUACUGGUAAUGUCAUUCUGCACGCAUCGUCAUCCCAAAUGUGGGAACUCCCUUUGUAGUUCGCUUUGAGAAAUAUCUAAUGGGAGAUCAACCAUUUCAUUCUUAGCUUCCAUUUAUAACUCUAUGAGAUGAACAUUUCAAACUGUUUUAAUUGCAGGCUUACUUCCCAGCUAAGUUGUAUGCUUUUUUUAAUACUGUGGGAUCACUGGUGUUAAAAUUUGCACAAAAAGGUAUUUGAAGCAAAGAAAAGUGCCGUUGUAUGUAACUGUAUAUGUGCUUGUAAACUUUAAGUAUACAUACAUAUGUUCUCACAAGCUGUGACACAGGGGUUGCAUUAGCAUAGGUAGAAUUAUUAUGGAACACUCACUGAACAUUACUGAAAUACCAUAAUGAGACUGUGGAGGGAGAAAUGUCAAAGGUCAAACUUAAACGGACUCUAGCGGUACUGUUUUGAUCACCACCGUUUCAUCAUGUAAUUCUCAAUGGUAAUAUCGAUCAUAUACACUAUAGUCAAAUGGACAAAACACAUUCCUUACUGUUGGACUCAGUGAAGAUGUAAGAAGAAUAUGAAUGUUACAUUUUUUUUUGUAAUGUAAUGCCAAAAUGUGUUCUCGAUUUAUGGCCAAAAUUAGUGCGGUGUCUCUACCUCGUGCAAUGUUGAACAAAAGGAAACGAGUUGUGUAGAAGAAGAAGAAAAAGUCAGUAAAAACACUACAAGAUUCAUGUUGGUUUUAAUUUACACAGUAGGAAUGUGUAAUGAUUAUGGACAAACUAACUUCCUUUCUGGCGCAUUACCAUUUUCAUAUUGCAAUGCACAUUAUAUGUAUAUAGUGUAAAAUAAAAUCUGUUGGUUUUACAUACUGUAUAAUUUGUGUAACAGAUUUAUGAAACAAGUUAACACAUUAAAAGAAGGAACUGAAGCUUGUGUGUCUGUUUGUCGUAGAGAAAUAUUGAUUGAAAUGCAAAAUAAAUGUUGAAUAAGUUUCA